UCUGGGUCAUCUCCAAAAAUGAUUUGAAGAUCACCCAAAUUCGCAAUUUGAUUAGGACAACAACAACAACAACUUUAUUUAUCUGAUUCCGUCUUAUAUUUUCAGACAACAAAAAAGCAACAAAAAAAAAAAGAUGGAAUCGGAUCUGGGGAAGCUCUUCAUUGGUGGGAUUUCGUGGGAUACAGAUGAAGAAAGGUUAAGAGACUAUUUUAGCAACUAUGGUGAUGUUGUUGAAGCUGUGAUCAUGAGAGAUCGUGCCACAGGACGUGCACGUGGCUUCGGCUUCAUUGUCUUUGCAGAUCCUUGUGUCUCAGAGAGAGUGAUCAUGGAGAAACACAUCAUCGAUGGCCGCACGGUUGAGGCGAAGAAGGCCGUGCCUCGAGAUGAUCAGCAGGUGCUAAAACGACACGCUAGUCCUAUCCACCUUAUGUCACCUGUCCAUGGCGGUGGUGGUGGAAGGACAAAGAAGAUCUUUGUUGGAGGUUUACCGUCUAGCAUUACCGAGGAGGAGUUCAAGAACUACUUUGAUCAGUUUGGUACAAUUGCUGAUGUUGUGGUAAUGUAUGAUCAUAACACGCAGAGGCCAAGAGGUUUUGGCUUCAUCACAUUUGAUUCAGAUGAUGCUGUUGAUAGGGUUCUUCACAAGACCUUUCAUGAGCUCAAUGGGAAACUAGUCGAGGUCAAAAGAGCUGUACCUAAGGAGAUUUCCCCUGUUUCUAAUAACCGAAGCCCGCUUCCUGGCGGUCUUAACUAUGGAGGCGGGUCUAAUAGGAUUUCUGCUAAUAGCUACUUUAAUAACUUUGCUCCUGGUCCUGGUUUUUAUAACAAUCUAGGCCCUGUUGGUGGUCGGUUUAGUCCUAUUAUUGGUAGUGGUAGAAAUGCGGUUUCUGCUUUUGGCCUCGGUUUGAAUCAUGAGUUGAGUUUGAAUUUGAAUCCAAGCUAUGAUGGGACAAGCUCUACAUUUGGGUAUAACCGUAUUCCAAGCAACCCUUACUUCAACGGUGCUUCCUCGAACCGUCACACCUCUCCAAUUGGGCACAAUAGAACCGAGUCUCCUUACAUUUCGAACAAUAGAGAUUUAUGGGGAAACAGAACCGACACUGCAGGUCCCGGUUGGAACUUGAAUGUCUCGAAUGAAAACAACAGAGGAAAUUGGGGACUUCCUUCUUCUGCUGUUGGUAAUGAUAACAAUGGCCAUGGAAGAAACUAUAGGACAAGUUCUGGACUUUCCUCGUCCCCAUUUAACGGUUUUGAAGGUUCUAUAGGGGAAUUGUACAGAGGCAGCUCAGUUUACAGCGACUCAACGUGGCAACAACAGCAGCUACCGUCUCAGUCUUCUCACGAGCUAGACAAUUUGUCUCGCUCUUACGGUUAUGAUAUUGACAAUGUAGGUUCAGACCCAUCUGCAAAUGACUCAGAAGUUUACAAUGGAAGCUACAAUGUUGGAAAUAGACAAACUAAUAGAGGUAUUGCGGCAUAGGUUAUCAAAACCAAGAAAACAAAAAAAAAGUUGAGAGAUUUGUAGAUUGAAAGCAACCAAUUUCAGUUGCAGAGUUUGAAGAGGUUUUCUUCUCAUGACAAAGACACCAACUUUGUUGAUCACAGUGUGAGUCUUUGCCAAAGAUUCUGGUUUGCUCUCUCUUUUGUUAGACCAAGAGAAAAACAAAGAACAGUUUUUUUU